AACCCUUGCAGGUGGUAGAUCUUUAUUCAGCAUGGUUGUGGAACUUGAGUCUUGGCCUUGAGCUCCUUGCGAAAGGAGCCUCGUAGUGUGAUUUCGAAGGUCCUCAGGUGAGACUGGUGCCUUCUCAAAGCUGCUGGUGGGCGCCGGCUUGCGGAGCUGUUGUGUGUACACUCCUGGAGCCACCGAGGGCCGGCUGGCUCCCGGCCUUCACAACAGCGCCGACAGUGAACUUUGCUGGUCGUGAGCCGUUGCGAAAGUCCGUUGGUGUGCAGGAAGCCUGCUCAUGAGUGCUUGAAAUGAGUCGUGUGUGCCUUUGGGGCACUGGGACCACACUGGCCCCAGAGCCUGCUCUGUGCUACAAGCAGUUACUGAGUGGGUGAGGUGACCCACCUGCCGAUGGCGAGUGAUGUCACAACUGGAAAGAAUCCCACCCCCUUGCCUCCUGCCGCCAACUGCCGCCCGCCCUGCCCUGCACCUCCUGUCCUUCCCACCGCCUCCUGCCAGGCUGGCUCUGGGAAGUGGGUGAAAGGAGACGCCAAAAGCAACGCGUGGGCCUCUGGCCACCUCCCAGGGGUGGUGCUCCUCUGUGACACCUGGUGCCGGGGCACGAGGAAGGGACGGUCACAGCCACCCAGGAAGGAGGCAGGUAGGCCGGGAAGGCUGGCGGCCUGCCAUCAACCGGGCUGUGUUCUGUACCCUCCCCAGGCAGCGGUCACAGUGGCGGUGAGGCUGUGGUGGGUCGCACAGGAUGCCCCAGGCCCUGGAGCAGGCAGACGGUGGCUGGGCCUGGGUGGUACUGCUGGCCACGCUGGUGACCCAGGGCCUCACCCUGGGCUUCCCCACCUGCAUUGGCGUCUUCUUCACGGAACUGCAGCAUGACUUCCAGGCCAGCAACAGCGAGACCUCCUGGUUCCCCUCCGUGCUGCUGGCUGUGCUCCACGCUGGCGGGCCCCUGUGCAGCGUCCUGGUGGAGCGCUUUGGCUGCCGAGUGACUGCGAUGCUGGGGGGCGUGCUGGCCAGCCUGGGCAUGGUGGCCGGCUCCUUCUCCCGCACCCUCAGCCAGCUCUACCUCACGGCUGGACUCAUCACAGGCCUGGGCAUGUGCUUCAGCUUCCAGUCCAGCAUCACGGUGCUGGGACUCUACUUCAUCCGCCGGCGGGCGCUGGCCAACGCACUGGCCUCAGCGGGUGUCUCCCUCGGCAUCACGCUCUGGCCCUUGCUGUCGCUCUACCUGCUCGAAGGCCUGGGCUGGAGGGGAGCCUUCCUUGUCUUCGGCGGGGUCCUUCUCCACUGCUGCGUCUGUGGGGCCAUCCUGAGGCCUGUGGCCACUAACAGGGCCCUUGAGACCAGAGAUGUUCCCCUUCUACCUCCCAAGACGCCUGUCCUGGGCUGUCUGGCAGUAUGUGGCCGGACCGUCCAGCGGCACCUGGCCUUUGACAUCCUACAGCACAACGUGCGCUACUGCGUCUACACGCUGGGUGUGACGUGGAUGAUCGUGGGCUUCCCGCUGCCACAUGUCUUCCUGGUGCCAUACGCCAUGUGGCAUGGCGUGGACGAGCAGCGGGCAGCCCUGCUCAUCUCCAUCAUUGGCCUUAGCAACAUCUUCCUGCGGCCCAUGGCCGGGCUGGUGGCAAGCCAGCGGGCCUUUGCCAGCCACCGCAAGUACCUGUUCUGCCUGGCAGUCCUGCUCAACGGACUCACCAACCUGGUGUGCGCAGUGUCGGCCGACUUCCGGGUGCUAGUGGGCUACUGCCUGGUGUACAGCGUGUCCAUGAGCUGCAUCGGUGCCCUCAUCUUCCAGGUCCUCAUGGACCUUGUCCCCAUGCAUCGAUUCCCCAGCGCCCUGGGCCUCUUCACCACCCUGGAAGGCGUCGCUGUCCUCAUCUCCCCGCCGCUGGCUGGGUUCCUCCUGGACACCACCAACAACUUCAGCUACAUUUUCUACAUGUCAAGCUUCUUCCUCAUUUCGGCUGCCCUCUUCAUGGGUGGCAGCUUCUACUCCCUGCAGAAGAAGGAGCAGCAAGGCAGGCAUGCUAAGGAGGAAGGAGCCAGAGUGGAGGCUGCCCCAGAGUGGGGUCAUACCUUGGAAGGCAAAGACAGUCCCGAGAAGCAGCUGUGCCCUGAGAUCAUGUAUGUGACCAGCGUCUGAGCUCAGGGGUCAGUGAGUGACCACAGUCUCAGCCCACGAAUGAGACCUCUGGCUGCUUCACCAGGGGCUGGGGUGAAGGGGGGCCCAGGAAGCCUGGAUCUUAGGCUGUCCACACUCCACAAGCUGGGACUCAGAGGAGCUGGGACCACGAAGGCGGCCUCUAAACAUUCAGGAUUCCUUCCAGCCAGCAGAAUCCAGGAGCAGUCUUCCCGACUCUUCUCAGACAGCAAGGGACCUGGGUCUGCCAUGGCCAGCUCAGUUCACUGGCUGCUCAUUGCUGCUCCUACGACUCAACACACUACACAUUCCAGCGCAGCUGGGAUGCCUCCGACAUCAUUCCUCUUUGUCCUUCUCUGGCCUGCAGACAGGUCUGAAGAGCUCAGCUUCCUCCAGGGCCCUCUUGCCCACCUCUUCCCAAGUGACCCAGCCCUUACCUUUAAGGCAGCCAAGGCUGGUGGCGUGGCUGCCCCACACAGGUCGCUGGGCCUCACGCUGACUGUGAGAGGCGGUGGUGGAGGGCCAGGCUGAGGGGUUGGCCUGGAUGCCGGAUUGGGGCAGAUUCAAGGUCGAGUGGAGUGCCCAUCCUGCCACCUCCACAGAGCGCAGGAGGGGAGCCCCUGGCUUGGGUCCUGGAAUCGGUGAAGUAUGAAGGGUCCUCUGUAGUCUCAGCAAGGCCUGCUCAGGGGCUUCUUCCUUCCUCUGCCUCUUUGGAAGGCAAAAGACAGCCCCAAGAAGUGGCUGUGCCCUGAGAUUGUGUAUGUGGCCAGUGUCUGAGCCCAGAGGUCAGUGAGUGACCACUGUCUCAGCCCAGGAAUGGGACCUCCAGCUGCUUCACCAGGGGCUGGGGUGAAGGGUGGCCCAGGAAGCCUGGAUCUUAGGCUGUCCAGGUUCUACAAGUUGGGACUCAGCUAGGAGCUGGGACCAUAGAGGCAGCCUCUAAACACUCAGGGUUCCUCCAGCCAGCAGGAUCCAGGAGCAGCCCUCCUGACUGUUCUCAGAUACCAAGGUACCCUGGAACCUUGGUGGGGAAGGUUAAUGCUGGGGUGAGGGGAAGCCAGACAUUUGACUGACCAGGGCAAGAAGGCUUGCUAGGCAGCUUGAAGACUGCUGUGAAAUGAGGCUGCUUCUGCAACAGAAGCCCAUGUGCUCCCCGUCCUGUCCUCCCGAGGCCCCCCUCUCCCUGCCCUGGUAGAGGUAUCAGCCCUGGGGUAAGUUGCAGGCUGGGCCAGCUGCCAGUCCAGCCUGCUUCCUGUCGGCCUGAGCCUGGGGCCUGGAGGUCAGAGCUCCCCCAGUACAGGUCAUCACCCAGGGACUGGCUGUCAUCAGCCCAGGCCUGUCCCAGCAGGGUACCAAGGGAAUGGGAAAACAGAGUGUGUUUGAAUUAAACACAAAAAUGUUCCCUGUAGCAGGUCAUAAACUCUGUGAACUAAUAAAGCUGGAAAACAGGCCUGGA